AUGUGGCCCCUAGCUCGGUCAGUGGCCUCCUCUGGCCACAAGAACCUGCUGCUCCUAUUGGGGCUGCUGCUCCUCACAGGCUCCUCCCUUUGCAAUGGCCAACCCCAGCCUUUCAAACGAUUCAUCCCUCUUGAUUGGGGGCUCACCCAUUUGGCCAUUCACAACAAAACUGGAGAAGUCUACGUGGGUGCCGUCAACUGGAUCUUCAAGCUCUCCAGCAACCUGACCAAGCUGCGCAGCCACAUGACUGGCCCAGUGGUGGACAAUGAGAAGUGCUACCCUCCUCCUAGCGUUCAGUCCUGCCCCCAUGACCUGGCCCAGACUCCCAAUGUGAACAAGCUGCUCCUCAUUGACUAUGCCCAGAACCGCCUUAUUGCGUGCGGCAGCACCUCCCAGGGCAUCUGCCAGUUCCUCCGUCUGGAUGACCUUUUCAAGCUGGGAGAGCCCCACCAUCGCAAGGAGCACUACCUUUCAAGCGUGGCUGAGUCAGGGACCAUGUCUGGGGUCAUCAUCAGCUCCCCCCACGGUCCAACCAGCAAGCUCUUCAUUGGCACCCCCAUUGAUGGCAAAUCCGAAUAUUUCCCUACCCUCUCCAGCCGUAAGCUGAUGGAGAAUGAAGAAAAUGCUGACAUGUUCAGCUUCGUCUACCAGGAUGAGUUUGUCUCCUCUCAGCUCAAGAUCCCCUCUGACACCUUGUCCAAGUUUCCUGCCUUUGACAUCUACUAUGUUUACAGCUUCAGCAGUGAACAGUUUGUCUAUUAUCUAACCAUGCAGCUAGACACCCAGCUCACUUCCCCUGAUGCCAGUGGAGAGCAGUUCUUCACCUCCAAAAUCGUCCGCCUGUGCGUGGACGACCCCAAGUUCUACUCCUAUGUGGAGUUCCCCAUUGGCUGCACUAAAGAUGGAGUGGAGUACCGCCUGGUCCAAGACGCAUACUUGGCCAGACCUGGUCGGCAGCUGGCUAACUCCCUGGGGAUCUCUGAAGAUGAAGACAUCCUCUUCACGGUUUUCUCACAGGGCCAGAAGAACCGGGCCAAGCCGCCCAAGGAGUCUGCCCUGUGCCUGUUCACUCUGAGGAAGAUCAAGGAGAAGAUCAAGGAGAGGAUCCAGUCCUGCUACAAGGGAGAUGGGAGGCUCUCUUUGCCCUGGCUGCUCAAUAAGGAGCUUGCCUGCAUCAACUCGCCUUUGCAGAUAGAUGAUAACUUCUGUGGCCAGGACUUUAACCAGCCCCUGGGGGGCACCACCACCAUUGAAGGCAUCCCCCUCUUCAUCGACAAAGACAAUGGCAUGACCUCAGUGGCGGCGUACGACUACCGUGGCAACACCGUGGCCUUCGCUGGCACGCGCAAUGGCAAGAUGAAGAAGGGGUAUUUCUGA